UCCAGACACCGCACGGUCAGCGGCAGUCAGAUGUCCUGUGUGUGGAGCAGCAAUAAGACACACUGGAGCGGCGGGACACCGGAGUGUAAACCUCUGUCUCGGUUCGAGGAUGAUGGCUUUCGUUUAGCUCUUCUGGUGUCCUUCAUCAGCUCAGGCAUCAUCCUCGUCAUGAGCAUCAUCUUCAUCACUUCCUGUCUGGCGAGACACGUGAAACGCGAGGAGAGGGCAAGAAAAGCUGGAGCGUCAGAGUUUUGGCAACAAAUAGACGUUGAGGAUGUGGAGAUGCAGAGAGAGGUGUUACACAACCAGAAAACCACAAACCACAACAACAACAACAGCAGCAGCAGCAGCAGAGGAGAGAGACGGCACACAGACAAGCACAUCUACAGCCACGGAGACCUCCACACUGCCUGCAGGGGUCUUCAUCAAGGGAAGCCCUGUCCUCCGAGCAUCCAUCCGUCCCAGUUCUCUCUGAUACUCAGUCCACCCACUGACUACCUCAUAAACACACACAUGGGCCCCGUCGAUGCCCGCGGUGCGUUCCCUGUCCCCCGUGACGCUGCAGAGGACAGGCACUUCUGCAGGCCGCUUCAUGACCCGCUCUGGAACGGACCGCACCCGUACAGCCCACAUCCACCGCCUGUCCAGAUGAUGUCUAUAUGAGGAUGUGCUGAUGACCGUGGAGGAUUUUGUGUAAUAAUGAUGCAAACUGGGACUGGUCAUGAGACAAGACCUCAACUGAGAACUGUUAUUUUGUUGUUAUGUGUGUAUUGAAUUUUCUUUGCACUUAACAUGCUAUUGCACUUGAUACUGGCCAAACAUCAGUAUUUAGUUUUGAGUAUGGAGUACAGUACACAACAGGCAACAAUAAAUGUUUUAAAUAGCUGUAUAGUAAAUUGUUAUAAUAUGACUACUUGACCUGCAACAUUACUGGAUGUUUGCAUACAGUAUGCCUCAUUCCCUUGACAUUAAGAAUGUAGAGUUUGCAGGAAAAUAAUCCAAAGGCACACCAGACAGACCGAUGUCUUGAAGGACCCUGAUGCUGAUGCUUGACACUGUCCAUAAGCCAGACUUCAUGAAACAGCAGCACAAUUAUUUUCACUUAUCUGUUAAUAUAAAAAAAAUGUUUAAAAUAUUCCAAAUAAUCAACCAACACAGAAUUCUCUCAUUUACUCAGUAUAAGGAAAUUCUGUAAAUAUGCUUUAUUGAUGCACACUUGAAAUAAUCAUUAUAUCCUCAUGGAAACAACGUCUCAAAUGUGUAGAUUGAUUUUUUUUUGUACGCAAACUAAAAACCAAAGCAAGCUUUAAAAUGUGGAGAUUUCAGCUAGUGUUGGAUAUAAUGUGUGAAUAAAAACUGACUACCACUCUAAA